AUGGGCUUAGCAAAGGUAUUACAAGAUAUAUUGGUUGUAUUAUAUACUGUAGCUUUUGUUGGAUCGCCACCAUAUUCAAUCACAUCACGACAACAAUAUAUUAAUGUUAGUUGGCUAUUCCUUGUGUUUAGUUGA